AUGGAAGGAUGGAAAAUGAUCGGGCAACAUUGCGCAUUCCUUCUUCCUUUGUUGUCCUCAUAUUUCAUUAUGACUAGGUCGGGUCCAUUUGGUCUUUUUCAACUUCCAGCAACAUCAACUUCUACGGCAACCGAUGUUGUUCGUUUACCAGCAACUCCCGUACCCAAUUCCAUGUGUUUAUCACCAAAUUCAUUAUCUUUAAAUAAAAAGCAAUCAAGGCCCACAUUUACCGGUCAUCAGAUUUUUAUGCUGGAAAAGAAAUUCGAGCAAACGAAAUAUCUAGCCGGAUCAGAUCGGGCUCAACUUGCUCAAGAAUUAAGCAUGAGCGAAAGUCAAGUGAAAGUAAGCCAUUCGAAUUAA